GGCGCGGGCGCGUCUCUCCCUUGGCCUCCCCGCCCACGCGCGGUCCCUCGGGGGCCUCCGAGGCGCCUCUGCUGCUGCUGCGGUGCCUUCUCGCAGCUGCGCUUGGCUUCCGCAGCGAUCAUGGACGGCGACCCCAGCCACAAGGAGCCCGCGGAGGCAGGCAGCGCUCACGGGACACCACAUAAAUAUGACCCAACUUUCAAAGGCCCCAUUUAUGACAGGGGCUGCACAGAUAUCAUCUGCUGUAUCUUGCUGCUGGUUGCAAUUGGGGGCUAUGUGGCAGUGGGGAUUGUGGCAUGGACACAAGGAGACCCUCGCAAGGUCAUUUAUCCAACAGAUAGUCGUGGACAGUUCUGUGGGCAAAAGGGCACACCCAAUGAGCAGAAGCCUUACUUGUUUUACUUCAACAUCAUGAAAUGUGCUAGCCCUUUGGUGUUGCUGCAGUUUCAGUGUCCUACUACACAGAUCUGUGUGAAAACGUGUCCAGAUCGAUACAUCACUUUUCUACAGGCCUCCAGUAUUGACCACACAGCAACACAGGAACUAAAAUAUUAUCAACAGUUUUGUGUCCCAGAGUUUACUGAUUUGAAGAAGAGUGCACCUGAAGUGUUGAAAGAUGGUGAAUGCCCAGCCAUGCUUACGCCAAGCAAGAUCUUGGCCCGUAGAUGUUUGCCUGCAAUCUAUAGUAAGAAAGGUGUUAUCAUGGUUGGAAACGCAACAACUUUUGAUGAUGGAAGUGGAAGUGGGAAGAAAAGGAAUGUGACAGAUCUUCUGGAAGGGGCCAAAAAGGCAAAUGUCCUUCUGGAGACAAGACAAGUAGCUAUGAAAAUCUUUGAAGAUUACACCGUUUCCUGGUACUGGAUAAUAAUAGGUCUCGUGAUUUCCAUGGUAAUCAGCCUUGUAUUUAUUGUUCUGCUCCGGUUCCUGGCAGGGAUCAUGAUUUGGGUGAUGAUUGUACUGGUGAUCCUGGUGCUUGGAUAUGGAAUAUUUCAUUGUUAUAUGGAAUAUGCUCAACUGAAAGGACAGUCUGGUUCUGAUGUCUCCUUGAUGGAACUUGGAUUCCAGACAGAUUUUCGUGUCUAUCUCCACCUGAAACAAACCUGGUUAGCUUUCAUGAUCAUCCUGUGUAUUUUGGAAGUUGUCAUUAUUCUACUGCUUAUCUUCUUGCGGAAGAGAAUACUCAUAGCCAUUGCACUGAUCAAGGAAGCCAGCAGGGCUAUUGGAUACAUCAUGACGUCCCUUCUGUUUCCGCUGUGUACUUUCUUCCUGGUGUGUCUCUGCAUUGCUUACUGGGCUAGUACUGCCGUUUUCUUGUCUACCUCUAACGAAGCUGUCUACAAGGUAUUUAAUGAUACAGAAUGCCAAUAUGCUGGAACAACUUGCAAACCAGAGACCUUCAGUACGUCCAACGUCACCAAGCUCUGUCCCGGAGCCCGCUGCCUCUUUGCCUUCUAUGGUGGCGAGACUGCCUACCACAAGUAUCUCAUCAUCUUUCAGAUUUUCAAUGUUUUCAUGUUCUUUUGGCUGGCCAACUUUGUCAUUGCCUUGGGCCAAGUCACACUUGCUGGGGCCUUUGCAUCGUACUACUGGGCUUUUAAAAAACCGGAUGACAUGCCAGCGUUUCCACUCUUCUCCGCCUUUGGCCGAGCACUCAGGUAUCACACGGGUUCGCUGGCCUUUGGGUCCUUGAUCCUUGCCAUUGUCCAGGUCAUCCGAGUCAUUCUGGAGUACUUGGAUCAUAAACUCAAAGGUUCUGAGAAUAUGUUUGCCAAGUUCCUGUUGACCUGUUUCAAAUGCUGCUUCUGGUGCCUGGAGAAGUUCAUCAAGUUUUUGAAUAGAAAUGCAUACAUUAUGAUUGCUAUUUAUGGCACCAAUUUCUGCACUUCUGCUAGGAAUGCCUUUUCCUUGCUCAUGAGGAACAUACUCAGAGUGGCUGUUUUGGACAAAGUCACUGAUUUCCUGUUUUUCCUUGGAAAAAUCCUAAUUGUGGGAAGUGUUGGUAUCCUUGCUUUCUUUUUUUUCACCCAGAGAAUAAAACUGAUUCAAGACACCGCACCAACUCUUAAUUACUACUGGGUCCCCAUUCUGACAGUGAUUGUGGGUUCCUACCUCAUUGCACAUGGAUUUUUCAGUGUAUAUGCCAUGUGUGUGGACACACUUUUCCUUUGCUUCUGCGAAGAUCUGGAAAGGAACGAUGGAACUCCUGAGCGGCCUUAUUACAUGUCCCCUGCCUUGAGUGAAAUCCUCCUGAAGGGAAGCCUAAAAUCUUCCAAAAGUGCUGAGAGUCAAGAAUAGGGACGAGGCACCAAAUGGGAAAGAUGUAUGCAGGUGUCCCACUGCCAGCCUUUUAUGUGCAUGUGCUCUACCUCCAAGGGCAGUUUUCGAUAUUCUGAGAAACGAUGAGAGCUCUUGACUUGCGUCAAACAAGUAGCUGUGGAUGGUAUAUACUUUAAGCUGUUUCUGUCCAGGACAUUUUCCAAAAAGGACUUGAAAUUGGAGGGCAAAGGUGUUCAAAGUUGGGGAGGAAAGCCUCAGUAAGAUUGUGCUGUUGCUAUCUUAACUAUGAUUGCUUUUGGCACAGAUAUC